CUGGCUCUGGCUCAUGGCUGCUGGGCAUUAGGACCCAGCGGCCGCUGAGCGGAGGAGGCUGAAUUCCCCCCCUCGCCUCCCCCCCUCUCCCGCUGUCAUCCUCACAGCCUCUGCAGCUUUAUUCCUCAUCUCCUUCAAUGGUGACUGACUACCUCCCGCCCGGGCUGGCAGCCAGAGCCAGAAGGCCUCGCUAGGACCGGUUGCCAGGACCGGUUGCCGGCGGCUCGCUCCAUCCAUGGCAUCUCCCAGGACUAUCACCAUCGUCGCCCUCUCGGUGGCCUUGGGGCUCUUCUUCGUCUUUAUGGGGACCAUCAAACUGACCCCUCGGCUCAGCAGAGAUGCCUACAACGAGAUGAAACGAGCAUACAAAAGCUACGUGCGGGCCCUCCCCAUGCUAAAGAAGAUGGGAGUCAGCUCCAUCCUCCUCCGCAAGAGCAUCGGCGCCCUCGAAGUGGCGUGUGGCAUUGUCAUGACACUGGUGCCCGGUCGCCCCAAAGACGUGGCCAACUUUCUCCUCCUCCUCCUCGUGCUGGCUGUGCUCUUCUUCCACCAGCUAGUUGGGGAUCCGCUCAAGCGUUACGCCCACGCCUUGGUCUUUGGGAUCCUGCUUACCUGUCGCCUCCUGAUUGCCCGCCAGCCGGAGGAGCAGCCACCAGAAAAGAGGAUGCUGUCGGUGAACGGGGAGGAGCAGCCACUCAUCCACGAAGCAGCUCCUGAGAAAGGCAAAAUGAAGGUAUCCUAGUUGAGCGCGCGUCAGAAAUUACGGACCCUCGAGGCAGCUCUCUCCAAAAUCACCCAGAAAAUUUGUUGGUUUUGGUUUGUUUGUUGUUUUUUUUUUUGUUUUUUUUUUUAAAAAAUUACCUAUUUAUAUUUUUUUUGUCUGUCUAAAAAGAUCAUCUCUUG